GCCAGAUGUCAUGGGGAUCGAGUCGUAACCAAAAAAUAAAUAAAUAAAUAAAUAACAGGAUCGAGUUCUGAAGUUUAAAAAUGGGGGACGGAUCCCAGCUAUUCGAACCGCUUAAGCGCCAACAAAUAAAUAUAAAUCGGGCUCCUGUCACUCCACUUCUCUCGGUAUCCUUGGGCGGUUGCUUUUGAGGUUCUUGGAGUCCGACCGACAAAGGCAUUUGAAAAACUUCGUGGAAGGAAGGACAUAAUGCCAUCUUGUUGGUUGCUGAAUUCUCGUCGAAGGGACAAUAUGGGGGAGAUUCAACUAGGUUCUCACACAGUGCAAUCUCACGGAGUCAAAGUGGCAAAAAUACAUAAGCAUGAUUGGUUUAUUGUCGUUUUUCUUAUGAUGCUGGUGGUGGCUUUGAAUAUUAUUCAUCCAUUUUAUCGUUUUGUUGGAAAAGAUAUGAUGACAGAUCUGAAAUACCCACUGAAGAGUGACACCGUGCCAGUUUGGGCUGUUCCAAUGAUUUCAGUAUUGUUGCCAAUCGCUGUUUUUGUUGCUGUCUAUUUUCGUAGGAGAGAUGUUUAUGAUCUGCAUCAUGCGAUACUAGGCCUCCUUUUCUCUGUGCUGAUAACUGGAGUUAUAACUGAUGCACUUAAGGAUGCAGUAGGGCGACCUCGUCCUGACUUUUAUUGGCGUUGUUUUCCUGAUGGAAAGGAGUUGUAUGAUCGAGUAACAGGAAAUGUUAUUUGUCAUGGAGAUAGAAAUCUCGUAAAGGAUGGACACAAAAGUUUUCCUAGUGGUCAUACUUCAUGGUCCUUUGCAGGUCUUGGUUUUCUUGCAUUAUAUUUGUCAGGAAAAAUUAAAGCAUUUGAUCAAAGGGGUCAUGUGGCAAAACUUUGCAUUGUAUUUGUUCCUCUGCUUGUUGCAUGCCUUAUUGGAAUAUCAGCAGUGGAUGACUAUCGGCAUCAUUGGCAGGAUGUUUUCGCUGGUGGCCUUCUAGGUAUUAUAGUGGCUACCUUUUGUUAUCUGCAGUUCUACCCUGCCCCCUAUCAUGCUGAUGGUUGGGGACCGUAUGCAUCCUUCCAGGUGUUGGCGGAGUCACGAGCCAAUCCAACUAAUGCAGCAAACCAGCAACCUGAAGGUAGCGACAACAAUGGAUUACCCAGAACCCAUCAGAAUAGGACAGAACCAAAUGACUUGGAGUCUGGGAGAAUGUGAAGUAACGCUCUACUCUGACAAGUAGAACUACUGAUGUUUACAGAUAGCAUCUCCAACCUGUCUCUUGUAUAUGUUCACAAGGCUAAAUGUUGGAACAAGAAGUGUUUAGUCAUGUAGUCGUGAACAAGUUAAUGAAUUCCGAUGAAUCGGUACUCAAAAAUGUUGGUACUUCCACCAACAACUUUAGGAUAUGUCAUGGUCCUAGUGUGGAACUACUGUUCAAGCCGCUGCUUCUGUAAAGAGUUCCCAAAUGAAUGAAGUGCUUGCUCUUAUGCAUAAA